UGUGCCAACAGAGACAACAAAGGCGCACCCACGUGCUUGCUCACACACACGCCCUGCCACGCCUUUGCAUCGUAGAUCCCCAAACACAGACACACACCCCAAGCGUUGUGACGAUGAACUACACAGAGGUUGAGGCCGAACGCCGUGUACGGCAGUUCAUGGAGAGCUGCGGCUUCAAGGCCGGCAUUGGCACAGUUGGAGGCUUUGGUUUUGGUGCGCUGAUUGGUCUGUUCAUGGCGUCGAUGAACAUUGGCAUGCCGAUGGAGAUGCCCGGCGUGAAAAUGCCUGGACAGAAGACGUUUGCACAGAGACAGUCCAUGUCGGCGCUGGAGACGGUCAAGGACAUGGGCCGUGAGAUGGGCACACGCGCAUACUCGACGGGCAAGAACUUUGCCCUCAUGAGUGCCAUCUUUGCGGGAUCGGAGUGUCUCAUCGAAUCGCAUCGUGCGAAACACGACAUGCUCAACUCUGUCUCUGCCGGCUGCUUCACGGGCGGUGUCCUUGGAUUGCGAGCUGGCCCUGCUGCGGGAGCGUUUGGAUGCAUGGGCUUUGCCGCCUUCUCCGCUGCCAUCGACCUGUACAUGGGGCACUGAGCGCACAUGCAACUCGUCGUGGUAGUGGUGCUAGGAAUGGUGGUGGUGGUGUGGUGGUGGGGUGGUGGUGGUGGUGGUGCGAGUGAAUUGUCUUCCUUUCACUCUCAGGUUAUGAAUGGAAGAGAGCAACAGUGAGUGAGAGCAACAAGAGUGAGAGAGCGAGAGCAAGCGAGUCUAACAUGGGGACACGUGUAUUGAUGGUUGUGCGUGUGUUGUUGAUGCUUUUGGCGAGUGGGAGGCGAUUCCUCCGCUUUGACGCGUGCGCGUGUGUUUUGUGCUGCUGCAAUGCCACGCCCAUUCUUUCUUGUGGGCACGUGCGUUGCGCACCAUUUCGUUUCUUCCCUUUGCGUUGUGUGAUCUUGAUAAUGAACCCGAACCAAAGACA